AUGGAUUCGUAUAUUCUUUUGGCAGAAGCUGUAACAGAGUUUGAAUCUGAUUACAACGGCAUACCCGCCGCAGAACAAAACAAACAUGGUCUUGCUAUUCAACAAGACGAGUUAAAAGCUUUGUGGGAAAAAACAAAGUUAGCUUACGAUAAGCUUAUCAAUGAGGGAUUGUCUAAGGAUGAUGCUAAGGCCAUAAAAAAGAAGAAUAAGAUUUCCUUUCAAAGCUAUGUUAGGUGCAUGUCUGCUAUUGGUUCUCAGGUUGAAAUUCUAACCAAAGCGAACAAAGAUGUAGAGGAUCGGUCCGUCCGAGAACACAAUAUCCACCUGCCACCGUGCGAUACAGAUGUGUUCAAGGGCGACUAUCUCUCAUGGCCAACUUUCCGAGAUAUGUUCACGGCCAUCUACAUCCUGAACAAGCGCCUCACCCCAGUUGAGAAACUAGUUCACCUCAACAAUAAAACACAAGGGGAGGCAAAAGACAUAGUGCGAAAGUGCCCACUUACCCAUGAAGGCUUUUCGACAGCCUGGAAAAACCUGUGUGAGCGAUACGAAAACAAACGUAUCUUAGUUAACACACAAUUAAAAGUUUUAUUUAGCUUAAAUACAGUGGAAUCUGAGUGUGGUAGCUCAAUUAAAAACCUACAGCGCGAGAUUAAUAAUUGUUUAUCGUCCCUAAAAAGUCAUCAAAUUGACAUCUCUAAUUGGGACGCAAUUAUUAUAUAUUUGUGUUCAACGAAGCUUCCAGAAAGUACACUGGCCCUAUGGGAACAGACCAUAGACCAGAAAACUGACAUUCCAAAGUGGGAGGAUAUGGACAGGUUCCUAUCCAAUAGAUUCCAAACUUUGGAAACUCUAGCGGGGCUAAAGGGUACAACAACGGUGAAAGCUCCAAAGCACCAACCCGCACGGCACCACCAGGAAGCUAACACUAAAAGGCUAGGAGCCUUUCAUGGAAGCGUGAGCAAGUUCACCUGCCAAAUGUGCCAAACUAAUGAGCACAAGUUACGCAACUGUCCACAAUUCCUCAACAAAACACCUGCUGAUAGAAUCGAUUUUUUGAAAAGCAAAAAAUGGUGCCUGAACUGUCUUAGUACUGGACAUACCGUGUCAAGAUGCACAAACCCAUUUAAUUGUAUAAAGUGCCACUCGCGACACAACACGCUCCUUCAUAUUGAGACAGCUCAAACAAAGGCAACGACACUUGGGACCUCUUUGGAUUCUGCGACUAAUUCUGCAUCAACAUCCAAUCAGGCCCAAGCCAAACGCAAUUCAACAAAGUCAAACAAGCAUACAAGCAAAAACGUGAAGUCUUGCUAUGCGAAUACAAACACAGGUGUGUUAUUAGGGACAGCACGCGUCAACAUUUAUCUCAAUGGUACGAACUAUUCCGCUAGAGCACUUAUUGAUUCUGGUUCAGAGUGUUCUUUCAUUACUGAAAGACUAAAACGCAGAAUUCACUUGCCGUCAAAGCGUAUGCAUGCCCAAGUUUCGGGCAUCACUAAUACAACUACGGCGCAGGUUAAAGAAGCGUGCAACAUCGAAUUGCGGUCUCCUGUUGACCCGUUGUUCCGCUUAAAUACCUCUGUGCUCGUGCUAGCACAACUGACUGGAAAUCUUCCUACUUGCCACAUUAGUGCAGUGACUAAGCAAGCAUUUCCAGAUCUAAUUCUAGCGGAUAAACGAUUUUUCGUCAAUGAACCCGUAGACCUUGUUCUGGGUGGCGACAUAUAUCCACAAAUUAUUCUGAGCGGGCUUAAGAAAAACAUAUUAAACACACUUCUGGCCCAAGAAACAGUAUUUGGCUGGAUAAUAACAGGGCGAACUGAUACCUCGAAUCCAGGAACGAAUAUCGUCUCAUACUACAGCGAAGUUAGUCUGGACAAGCAAUUGAGUGCCUUUUGGGAGCUUGAGGAGAUUCCAAAGAACAAGAGCCUUAAUGAAGACGACAAGUACUGCGAGGAGCUGUAUCAGAAGACAACCAUACGAAAUAAUAAAGGAAAAUACAUCGUGUCACUACCAUUUAGGAAAGAUUUUCCAGGAAAUAUUUCCCUAGGCCCAUCCCUUAAAAGAGCAUGUUCUCAAUUUUACCGGAAUGAGACACGGCUGGCCAAGGAUCCCGUCCUGCAAAAGGAAUACAAUAGGGUUCUAGCGGAAUAUGAAACGCUUGGGCAUAUGUCGAAAAUAACAAAUCCCAUACCCGCAGACUCGUCUGAUAAUUAUUUUCUGCCGCACCACGCUGUUAUAAAGGCAGAAAGUACUUCAACGAAAGUACGCGUGGUGUUCAAUGCCUCAAGCCCAACGGCGAAUGGCAACAGCCUAAAUGACGUACUUUUCCCAGGACCAGUACUUCAGGCAGAUCUUCCGAUACUAAUACUCCGUUGGAGACUAUACAAAUAUGUGUUCAACAGUGACAUCGAGAAGAUGUAUAGGCAAAUUCUGGUACAUAACAACCAUACUAAGUAUCAGAGGAUUAUUUUUCGCACUAACCCGAAUGACCCGAUCAGUCUGUACGAAUUAAAGACUGUCACGUUCGGCAUCAAUUGUGCUCCUUAUCUGGCUAUAAGGACACUUUUACAAUUAGCUGACGAUGUGCAAAGCUCCCAUCCAAUAGCCUCUAACAUACUACGAAAAUGCAUGUAUGUCGACGAUGUAUUGUCUGGUGGACACACUAUCGAUUCAGCAAUAAAAGCCAGAGAUGAGAUAUCGGAAGUGUUGCAAUCAGCCGGUUUUCCACUUCGAAAGUGGACAGCCAAUAGCGAGCAAAUACUUAAUGGCAUACCAAAAACAGAUCUACUUAGCGAAGAUUUUUUGGCAUUUGAAGAUACCAGCGCAGUCAAGGCUCUUGGAAUAAGAUGGAAUGCCCAUACGGAUCUUUUCUAUUUUAUAGCAAGGCCAUUGGAGAAAAGCGAUGCUGUUACGAAAAGAGCGAUACUAUCUGCCAUUGCUAAACUCUUCGAUCCGCUGGGGUGGCUUGCGCCUAUCAUAAUCGUAGCCAAAAUCCUUAUGCAAAAUAUUUGGCUGGAAGGCACAGAUUGGGAUGAGACUGUGUCUUCGACCACUCUAGACCGAUGGCAGAACUUUACCCAACAUUAUAACGAAAUUGAUAAGGUUCGUAUACCGCGAUGGGUAUACUUUUCUCCAACGGAUGAAAUACAAAUACACGGAUUCUGUGACGCAUCGGAGAAAGCAUAUGCCGCCUCUGUGUAUAUGCGUGUCAAAAGAGACAGCAAAGUUUUUAUUAACCUGCUUUUGGCAAAAACCAGAGUUGCUCCUGUUAAAACCAUAUCGCUACCCCGACUGGAACUUUGCGGAGCGGUACUAUUGGCGGAAAUAGUUGAUUCAAUAAUCAACAAUCUCAACUUAGGGCAUAUCAACAUACAUCUGUGGACCGAUUCCACAAUUGUUCUCGCUUGGAUUCGUAAGCCUCCGUGUUCAUGGUCAACUUUCGUUGCCCAUAGAAUCACAAAAAUUGUAGAGAAAGUCGGACACAAGAAUUGGCUGCAUGUGGAUUCGGCAUCAAAUCCAGCAGACUUAGCGAGCAGAGGACUUCCAGCAUAUGAAUUGGUCAACAAUUCGUUGUGGUGGCAGGGACCUUCUUGGUUACAAGAAGAUAACCCAAAAUGGCCCACCCAGGAAACAGACUACAGCACAGUAGUUGAGGAAAAAAAGAACGCACGUUUAUACAACCAAACAACGACACAACGCUUGAUAAAAAUAUAUCAACAGAACUAUUACAGUGAAGAAUACAGGAAACUUAAAGCAGGAAACUCCAUCGACUCCAAGAGUGAACUCCUACCGCUUAAUCCGUUCAUAGAUAAAGAUGGCAUUAUUAGGGCUGGUUGUCCCGUCUAA